GUCCUACAGGCUUCCCUCUCUGCCGCGUUCGGUUACUCAGUGUGUAAAAAAAUAAACGGUAAGCGAGGGGUGGGAGUGAAUGCCGAGAGCACGCAGGGUGCGUGGCUUCAUGCCCAACACCCCCCCCUCCCCCAGACACACACAUCCAACGGCGGCGGGGCUGCCGAUGGCACCCGGGGAAAUGUAACAUUUUCCUGUUGCAACAAUGUGAAGCGGCGCGGCGCCUAGUAACCACCGGCCGUUUCCCUGGCGACCCCAGGCAACCCCAGGGUUGUUACUUCUCGCUUGUAGCUACAUCAGAAAACCAGAGGUUUUAGACAGAAGUCCACUGGUUCAAAAUGAGCGAACUAAAAGAUUGCCCACUGCAAUUCCAUGACUUCAAGCCAGUAGACCAUGCGAAGAUGUGUCCCCGGUACGCUGCCGUGCUAUCGCGUUCGGAAGAUGAUGGGAUUGGAAUUGAGGAACUGGACACGUUACAGUUGGAACUGGAGACGUUGCUGUCCUCAGCAAGUCGGCGACUACGUAUCCUAGAGGCAGAGACACAGAUCCUCACAGACUGGCAGGAUAAAAAAGGAGAUAAGAGGCUGUUAAAAUUUGGGAAAGAGCAUGAGCAUGGAACGCCACAGAAACACGGAAAACCGAAGAAGCAGAAAAUAGAUGGAAAGGGCAGUCACGGAACUGGACCUGGGCCCGGGCGCCCUAAAUCCAAAAAUGUACAACCUAAAAUACAGGAGUAUGAAUUUACAGAUGAUCCUUUGGACGUUCCCAGAAUUCCAAAGAAUGAUGCCCCUAACAGAUUUUGGGCAUCAGUGGAACCGUACUGUGCUGAUAUUACCAACGAGGAGAUCCGUAUCCUUGAGGACCUUCUGAAACCCCCUGAAGAUGAAGCAGAGUAUUACAAGAUCCCUCCUUUGGGGAAACAUUACUCUCAGCGUUGGGCACAAGAGGACCUUCUGGAGGAGCAGAAGGAGGGUGCCCGUGCUGCGGCCGCAGCCGAGAAGAAGAAGGGCAUGCUCGGAGCUUUAACUGAGCUUGACUCUAAAGAUGUGGAUGCAUUGCUGAAGAAAGAGCAACAUGAUCAGCCUGAAGAUGGCUCUCCUUUUGGGCCACUUACGCAACGAUUGCUCCAAGCUUUGGUGGAGGAGAACAUUAUUUCACCCAUGGAAGAUUCUCCCAUACCAGAGAUGACAGGGAAAGAGGCGGGGACUGAUGGAGCAAGCACCUCCCCUCGAAGUCAGAAUAAGGCAUUUAGUGUUCCUCACACAAAGUCUCUAGAAGCUCGAAUUAAGGAAGAACUAAUUGCACAGGGUCUGCUGGAUUCCGAGGAUCGUCCUACUGAAGACUCUGAGGAUGAAGUUCUAGCUGAACUGCGUAAACGUCAGGCAGAACUGAAAGCCCUCAGUACCCACAAUCGAGCAAAGAAACAGGAACUUCUCAGACUUGCCAAAGAGGAGUUAAAAAAACAGGAGUUACGACAGCGAGUGAGGAUAGCAGACAAUGAAGUCAUGGAUGCCUUCCGGAAGAUCAUGGCGGCACGCCAAAAGAAACGAACACCUACUAAAAAGGAGAAGGAUCAGGCAUGGAAAGCACUGAAGGAAAGAGAGAGCAUCUUAAAACUGUUGGACAGUUAAAGGCAACUGUGCCAACCCACCGCACUCUGUUACUUCAGAAAUAUUGGGGAAGCAUUUUUUGUCCCUGAGCUGUUUGGACUUGAACUGACAAAAAAUAAGAGAGAUUGAAACCUACCUGUUUUGAACUGGUAACAUUCCACUGCAGCAGGCUGUCUCUGUUGCAGCUUGCUUGUCUUGUAUGUCGAAGAUGGACGUCUGUCAUAUAGAAAUCUGGAUGUUGUUUUUUGCUAGUUUGGAUUUGUACUGUAUGUAAGAGUAAAGUUUCUGCCAUAUGUUCAGAUGAGAGUGUAGCAUUUAUAGGUGGUUGUGCCAUUGCUGGUCCUUCAAAAUGUGAUGUUAACAACUGACACUUUAUAACUUUUGAGAAAGAUUGUCCCUCAUUCACUUCCCCACUCCCAUAAAAUUUUAUGGAAAUAAUGUGUGGGGGUUAUCUCUAUGACCCAAAACAUGUUCAUUAUUCCUUAAAACUAUUUUUAUUCUAUUUCCAUCACCCUCCUCGUAAAGCCAAUGUACGGUGGGUCUCUUGUACUAAUUUGAAAUCUUCCUGCAUUUCCUCUCAAUCAUUCAAUGCUUUGUGAAGUAUCAAAAUAUUGCAAAUUUCUAAUGUCAAAACGUAGGGAGGGGAAGUGGGAGUGUGGGGUGUGAAAGAAAACUUUUUUACAGAAAGGGAGGUCACAUAAGGUUUAUAUAACCUGAGCAACAAUAGGUGCGGUUCCAUUGAUCAGUCCCAGGGUAGCAUAGUUACAAAUGUUCUAAGUCCACUGCUGUUGGGCCUUUGGGGUGAACGCACAGCGUGUGGUCUCCAUGGUCUUGCCCAUGAUCCUUGACUCAGUCUCUGGUGUUAGCUGUUAGCAGUGAGAAGUUGCUCAAGAAGUUCAAUGCACCUUUGGCUAGUGGCAACAUAAACAACCGGUGUUCCUAAGUCUACACCAUGGGUUUCACCUGCCUUACAGAAUUGUCUUGUGUGAUGGUUGCUAUUGUUUUUGUAUUUUGUUUCUGCAUUUGUUUGGAUGGGACGACCAUUCUGCAGUCUUGGAACAAAGUGGAGGAAUCUGACGCUGCAUCAUUUUAUGGUCGACCUUAAGCCAUUUGGCACACAAUCCAGCUCACUUUACAGCCGAGAAAUGGACUGUUUGGGAAGGGGCCGGAUGUGGCUGAGUUGGCCCUUUCUUCACCCUCCUGUGGGAUGACCUGAAACUUUGAUGUAUCGUAGAUGAGGCAGGACCACGUUGGAUAAGAUGACAGGGGGCUGCUAAUACAUGAAUUGGUAUUGAGGAAGAACAAGUAUGGGGGAAUUGAAGGUGUGCUGUGGAAAAGAUUUUUACAAAAUACUAUAAUAUUACCCUACCAUUGUAUAAAAGAGACUGAAGAAUCAUACUGCUAAACUUGCCAUUUUAUUUUAAGCAGGAGCCUUGCUGUGAUUGAACACCAUUUGAUAAUCUCAGUUCUGUUCUGCGACAUCAACACUCUGAUCACCUGUCUGUCGGUGAGUUGAACAAGUCUCAUCCUCCUGCACAGACCAUAUUAAGUCACUGAUCUGAAUUCUGAUAGCAACUAUCAGUCAUUGUAAACCCAAACCAGGUGCCCUUACUAAAUUAUUGGAUUGUAUUUGAAGCAGCAGCAGUUAUUAUCAUUGGUGAUGUCAAAUCCUUAAUAGCGUACUGGUCAUUAACUGAAACUGUAAUGAAUUUUCAAUAAACGUCAACUGAUUAUUUCAGUUCUCAGUGUGAAAUAUGUAUUAAAUAGGCAUCUUCAAAAGAUGAGACAAAUGAGUCUGAAAGUGACCUACUACACUGAUCACUUGCAUAUCAAAGAGAUUUCAUGGCUUUGAACAUCAGACCUCAUACACCCUAUGUAGGAGUCUCUUAAGAUGGCUCUCGAUCUAAUCUUUUUUAAACAUUCUGCCUUCCCACGUAAAUGUUCUGAAUCUCCAAAUUUCUUAGUUGUCUCCAUCAGAAUGUGUCAGCUCUCCACAUAAGAACUCUAAUAAUAACUGCUGGAGCCUCUCAAAUCUGCCUCCUACAAAAUUACAUUUCACUAAUUUAUUGAUUAAAAAUACAGUGUGUCAGUGUCAGCAAAGAGCUGGAGGUGGGUCCAGGCUUCUGAAUGGAUUUACAGCAAGCUAUUGAUUAUACAUCACAGUUAAUUUACUCGGAAAACAGAGUCAAUUUAAAGAACCACGGCUGUAAUAUUUCCCAAUAAAAGCAGUGUCAUUUCUCCAGAAAGAAAUGCUGUGAAUGCAGAACAGUUAAUGGAAAUUAGGUGCUUAAAAUUAUUUUCAACACUUGCAGCAUUGUGGAUGCCAGACUUGAUCAACAGAGGUAUUACCCAACCAUAUCCACUCUGGGAAUGGUGCUUCACUACCUGCAACCUUCAAAAUAUCAAGUCCCUUCUGGUUCUUUUAAUAAGGCACCAGAGAUUCAAGUAAUUGAUUCUUUGAGACUGUGUGUGACUCACAAUUGAUACCAAUCAUUACACUGAGCAUGAUCUCAUUAACUGUUUUUCCAUGUUAAAUUUCCAAAAGGCAGAAACAGGAAAUUUAGUUAGGCAAUUGUUUAGUGAUGAUUUACCAGUUUCACCAUAGAUUAACCCAGAAAGGUAAAGUGAAGCAGUGGAAUGAAACCCAAAUAUGCUGGAAAUACUUAGGGAAGGGAGCAUCCACGGAGAGAGAAACAAUUCCAGUUAACGUUUCUGAUUGCUGACCUUUCUCAGAACUUGGAAAGGGUUGAUAAUGUAAUUGAUUGAAACAAGUAUAAAGGAAAGGAGGGAGGACGGGAAAGAACAAUAGGGCAGAUUCAUGCUAGUGUGGAAAGUAGGAAAGCAGUGAGAUUAAAUGACAAAUAAAUGACUAUGACAAAAAUGGGUAAUGAUGAGGUAGGAAGAUUGGUACUAUAUCUGUGCAUGGGAGUGUGACACAGGAAAGGAAUGUGUUGAGUGUGUUUGAAGAAGUGCACGAGAGUGACGCAACAGGAACAGUUGAUAGGGGAAGUGAAGGCAUAUUUGAUGAUGGUAUAGCACCAAGAGUUAUUAAAUGCUUUUUAUUUUGGGUUUUUUUGGCCAUUUUUACACUCUUACUAGUGUCAGAAGGCAACCUUGGAGAUAUUAAAUCAUCUCAACAUACGGAGAUACAAAUUAGAUUGUUACCAGAAAACUAUAUUUGGUUUCGACAGCAACAAACAAUCUGCUGGAGGAACUCAGCAGGUCAAACAGCAUCUGUUGGGGGGGGGGGGGGGUGGAAGGAAUUGCCAAAGUUUUGGGUUGAAACCCUGCAACAAGGUAUUUGGUUUACAGUCUACGAAUAAACUGAGAACUGAUACAGUAAGCAUUAAAGUGAAAAGAUAAUUUUUGUACCCAUGGCAACAUAUUUCUGAGUAUUACUUUGAGGCUUGUAGUAGACUACUUUAUUGCUGUGAUUAGUUAACUUCAUUAACAUUGUAUAAUGUGAAUUCCAAAUACAUAUGGGCUAGUAGGUUAACAUGGGUGUAAUUGGGCAGCGUGGGCUCAUUGGGCUGGAAGGGCAUGUUACCUUGCUGUAUAAAUAAAGUUUUAAAGAAGGCAAA